GUACCUGAGGUAUCGCUUUGUUCGGGACAUCAAGCACAUCCGAUGAAUUAUCAACCUAGCGAUUCCACAGAUACAACGUAUACUUAUGAGAUGCAAGGUCCAACCAUUGGACCUCUUCAGAAACUCAGGGUUGGAGUGGGUGCAAUGGAACGAGCAGAGCAUAUCUACAUCAAAAAGAUGCGACUAGCCAAUCAGGUUACAAAGACAAUUCUUCGAUUUCCAAGUGUGGACACUGAAUUUGAAAAUAUUCUCUACACCAUAACAAUGAAAACAAUAGCCAGUGUUGGAACAUUCCAACCUCUAUUGAAUCUGAUUGGUGAGGAAGGCGAGAGUGGAAUGCGAAAAUUCGUCGAUGAUUCAAAGUUCGACGAAGGGGCGCGUCAUGAAUUUGACAUAGAUGCCGUGAACCUUGGUCCACUGCGUGAGAUCGAAGUGCAGAUCGAAGGAGAAGAGGGGUCAUCUUGGACUGCAGAUAUCACAGUUGGAUUGGUCGACAGUGGUACAGAAUAUGUUGCAGAGCAAGCGUAA